AUGAUAAGAGCAAGGGUAUCGUUGAAUGCUCAUAGCAGGGGAAUUCAGUGUCUGAGUUUAUAUGCUAAUUUGCUAAGAUCGUAUCAAUCAAACGCAGAUGCACAAAGAUCAUAUGGUACAUUCAGCAACAAGAAGAAGAGAGCGCCUUCUUCGUUGAGAGGGUUGCAAGUUGCUCUUGAAAAAGCCAGAGCCACAGUUAAUUCACACUCAACGCCAAUAGUUUAUGAAGAUAUGGCCAACAAGACAUUAAAUUUCGCGUUAUCAAAUAGAGAUUUGACUAGGGACAUAAAGGAUUCGUCAAAACUUCGAACUAAAUUGAGAAUUACCGAUCCUUCUGAUGUUUGGGAAAAAACGUUGACUGGGUAUAACGUAGAGGCUCUUAAGAAUGAAAUCAGUCAAUGUAUCAAGCUGGCUAGUAUUAAGGGGAAAUUAAAGAAUUCAGUCGUAAAUGUCGGAGAUUUGGUUACAUUGCAAGCACACUCAUUGGAGCUAUUUUUGGUGGCAUCAGUUCCAAAUACCCUUAGUGGAAGGAACUUUGUUUUUAUAGGGCAGACAGGUAACAUUGUUCACUUGAACAAAGCCAGUAUUUUCACAAGAAUCCCAAAUGUUGUACCUUCGAAAUAUUCCAAGAUAUUAAGUAGCUUUGUUCAAUUAGAACAAAAGCAUAUGAAUAUUGCUCCUAUUGGUAUAGUAGAUGCCGACUUUUCUAGAUCGGAAAGCUCUAAGCCUAGACAAUUACAAGACAAGAGAAGUAUUUCAAAUGAGAUCGUACCCCAAUUUGAAAGCGCAGUUCCUGAAGUAGGUUUGGAAUCAUAUGAUUAUCAACUUUAUGUAGCUGCAUCACAGCAGUUGAUCAAUUCUGAUGUUCAGACAUUUAUUGUUCCAGUGGUUGCUAGAGAUAUCUACUCCCAGGCGUUGAAGCUGCUUACAAGUGAAGCAUUUUGUAAAUCGGGUGAGAUAAAUACAAGAUUGGAAAAAGUCCAUCGUGAAUUGCAAUAUGAUGAAAAUGGCAACUUGAACGCGCCAAGAACGGUGUCAAUCUUUGAAUUAAUGCAUCGAAUGGAAACCGAAUCAAAUGGACAGUUGUCCGCUUCAACCUCACUGACAUCUACUCUUGGGAAAUCUCCAAUGCCUACAAUAGAUGUGGACGAAAUGGGAUUUUCAGCUUCAACUUAUUUAGCAACUUGCUUUGUCUUGGAAAAACAAUCCGCUCUUUGGAACUUGCAUCAGUCAGGGACAGGUAAUCCUAGACAAAGUGUAACAAUUUUGCCAAUCCCACAAAUUGAUAGAUCUGAGACACUCGCCCAAUACCUUGACACUCCUAAGGGAAUGUCUGAAUUUGCCAAUUAUUGUGCUGACCUAGCAAUGGGUAAAAAGAAAUUGUCAAAGCCAAAACACUUUGAGUCUGUUGUAUUGCUAUUGAGAGAAUUUGUAAAUGGUGCUUAUGAGAAUAACGAUUCUAUUUCGAUACUAGUGGUAACACUUUUAAGAACUAUAGAAUCAAUUCUUGUGACUAAUGGCCAUAAGACACCAAAAUCACAAUAUUUUGCUGAAUACUCCAAAGCAAAAGCUUAUGAUUUGUUAAAACUACUUAUGGAAACUGACUCAAUUGUGAAUCCAUUCCGUUUCAACCAGCUGUUGCCAUUGCCCAAUGAGCAAACAUCUUAUCAAGCAGAUUUGUCACAAAAAUAUUUUGACUAUCUUUCCGAAAAUCACCCUAAGAACGAAAAUAAAGUCAGCGAAAACUUGGAUGAGCUUGAUAAUUUACCAUUAUUUAAUUUGGAUGCUAGCGAAAAGAUUGAAGCGGGAAUUGACUAUAAUGUUGACUUUUAUGAAUCAGAUCCUUUGGAAGCACAUAGAGAAGACUUGACUGACAUUCCAGUGUACUGUAUUGACAGUGCAGACGCUCAUGAAAUCGAUGACGGGAUUUCUAUACAUGAAGAGGAAGGAAAAUAUCUCAUUUCUGUACAUAUUGCGGAACCUUCCUCAUAUAUUAAGCCAGAAUCUAUCAUUAGUUCAAUUGGGUUAGAUCGUGGUACUACAACUUAUUUGCCUGACAAGGUGGUUCCGAUGUUACCUCAAAUUAUAUCUGAUAUUGCAGGGUUGGGAAUUGAUGGAAAAGAAACGCGUGCAUUGACAGUCCAAUAUAACUUGCCAAAGGAAUUCCUUGACGAAUUUAUUAACAAGAAAUUGGAAAACCCCGAAUAUAUCCCUGAAGACAAUGUUUUAAAUACGUUUGAGCAAGAGGUAUAUAAUAGCAAGAAAGUCUUCUUCUCCAAGUUGAAAAAUUUCCGUCAAGGUUUCACAUAUAAUAGAAGUACUGAAGUGUUGAUGGACAAAGCGAAGGAAGAACAAUUUAAGACUCAAUCUUGUGAGGAUAAAGACUUCGUUAACUUAUUACGUUUAUAUCAAAUAUCAAAUAUUGCCACCGAAUUCAGAAAGCUCAAGAAUGGUAUAAACUUGGAAAGUCAGAACAAAAGUUUAUGGGUCAAUGAAAGUAAUGAAUACUUCAAUCAAACUGUAUUUAGUGAGUCUGAAGAUGGAUAUGAAGUGGGCUUUGAAAAUUCUUCUCAAAAAGCAGUCGUCAAUCCUCAGUCAGCCAAAGCAGCAACUCAAUUGGUAACAGAAUGUAUGAUUAUGGCGAAUCAUUUGACGUCCAAAUUUGCCACAGAGAAUGACAUCAAGAUUCUUUAUAGAACUAUAUCCAAGUCUGCCGUAAAGGAAGUGGCAAACGAACUUGAGAAAUUAUCCCAAGAAUAUAGGCAUAAAAGGGCCAGUAUUGAAGAUUUGCUCCACAUCUUUACCAAUUUACCUAGAGUUCAAAUUUCUACCGAGAAUGAGGGUCAUUUGUUAAUGGGGUUGGAUAUGUAUACAAAUGCGACAUCGCCUUUGAGAAGAUACAUUGAUAUACUCAACCAAUGGCGAUUCCAAGACCAUGCUCUUCAAAGAUCAGUGCCUUCGAUAUCUGACGCCAGUCUCCUGCGAAUUUCUUCUCAAUUGAAUUCAAGAAAUACACACAACAAAGAAAUCUAUGCCUCAUCCAGAGGUUUCUGGGAAGGUUUGAUCCUUAAGGAUGCCAUGAGAUUGCCUGGUGAUAUUGCUAACGAAAUUAGAACUUUUGAUGUUAGAUUGUCCGGUAUUCCGAGAGAAGCGACUUUUGCCCCGGCUAUAGUACCUGGAUUACCAUAUUUCAAAAUCAGAGUAGAGGUUACAACAAAAUUGUUGGAUGAUAUUGAAAAGGGGAUCAUCAAAAAGGAUUUGGUUCUUGAUUCCAGCAGACUUAAAUUAAAGACGCUUGAUAAUAUUGAAUGCGUUUUAGAAUUCGAAUAUGUUUAG